AAUAGUUGCCUGAGAUGAUUUAUUGCCAAUAAAUGUUACUCAUAUGUAACGUUGUACAUUCGAUCUUUUCACGUAAAUGUUAGAUCAUUAAUUCUGGUAAUAUAGGCCGACCUACCAGUUUUUCUUUCUGGGUUCGCUUCAAGUUUUGAAGCUUUGAAUCUACGUGAAUAGGCCAGUGUUUAAGUUAAGAGUGCCCGCGGGAACUCCUUAACUGAGAACUUGAAGUUUAUUUAAGCUAUCCUCAAGUGCUUGUCAUCGAGAAGAUUGAAAACUUUCCAGUUGGUAAAUCCUGAAAGAGGCUGCCAUUGCUUGUAGAGGCCAUGGCAUCGGUUUUAGGUUUCCGGGCACUGUCUCUUUUUGCAUCAAGUUCGGAGAAAAAGGAUCGGAGUCGAGGGCAAGUUAGGAGUUCAGGUAGUGCCGAUUCGACGGUGUUGUCCUCAGCUUCAGUUGUGGUGAAUGGAACUUCUAUAGGUGGGGGGAGGAGCGAGAGUACUGCGACUUCAGUUUAUCAAGGAAAUGGACGGUUAAGGUCUAAAGUUGAGGAGAAGAAAAGGGUAACGGAUAAUGUUUUGGAAACUCUGGAACCGUUGUGGGAUGAUGGGUAUGGGACUUACACCGUGAGGGAUUACUUUGAUAUGGCCAAGGACAUUGUUAAGUCUGAUGGUGGGCCACCACGGUGGUUUUGCCCUGUUGCUUGCGGAUGCCCUUUAAAGGAUUCUCCAGUUCUUCUGUUUUUGCCCGGGAUGGAUGGUACUGGAAUGGGGCUUGUUUUGCACCAUAAGUCUCUUGGGAAGGCAUUUGAAGUUCGGUGCCUGCAUAUUCCUGUUCAUGAUCGAACACCAUUUGAAGGACUGGUGAAAUAUGUUGGGGAAACUGUCAAGCAGGAGCAUGCUUCAUCUCCAAAUAAGCCAAUUUAUUUGGUGGGGGAUUCACUUGGAGGAUGCCUAGCGCUUGCUGUUGCUUCUCGUAAUCCUACCAUUGACCUAGUCAUCAUAUUGGCCAAUCCAGCCACAUCAUUUGGCAGGUCUCAGUUGCAACCAUUAUUUCCUAUCUUGGAGGCUAUGCCUGAUGGACUACAUAGUGCAGUUCCCUAUCUUCUUAGCUCAAUCAUGGGUGAUCCAGUGAAAAUGGCAAUGGUCAAUAUUGAAAGUAGGCUCCCCCCUGGAAAAAAAUUAGAACAGCUGUCUCUCAGCCUCACUUCAUUGCUACCAUAUCUUUCUGGCUUUGAUGAUAUUAUACCAAAGAACACACUUCUUUGGAAGCUGAAGCUGCUUAAAUCAGCUGCUGCAUAUACUAAUUCCCGUCUACAUGCUGUUAAAGCUGAAGUGCUCAUCCUUUCGAGUGGCAAGGAUAACAUGGUUCCUAGUGGAGAUGAAGCUCAACGACUCAAGGAAUUGUUACAGAACUGUGCAGUUCGUCACUUCAAGGAUAGUGGUCAUACCCUUUUAUUGGAAGAUGGAAUUGGUUUGAUGACGGUUAUUAAGGGUACUUGCAAAUACCGUCGUUCAAGUAGACAUGAUUAUGUAUCCGAUUUUCUACCUCCUAGUAGGAAAGAACUCCAAUACGCCUGUGAUCAAGUGCUUGGUUUAUUGCGCUUUGCUUCCGGUUCCAUAAUGUUCUCAACUUUGGAGGAUGGAAAGAUAGUGAAAGGUCUUGCUGGUGUUCCAAGUGAUGGUCCCGUGUUAUUAGUUGGUUAUCACAUGUUGAUGGGACUUGAACUUUCUCCACUUGUUGAACGAUUUUUGAUCGAGAAGAAUAUUAUGGUUCGUGGUUUGGCUCAUCCAAAUUUGUUUGCAAGGAAGUUUGAGAGUUCAUCCCCUGAGUUUUCUUUCAAUGACUGGAUCAAAGUGUUUGGAGGACUACCUGUCACGGCCAGCAAUCUUUUCAAAUUGCUUUCAACAAAAUCGCAUGUGCUUCUUUAUCCUGGCGGUGCACGCGAAGCCUUACAUUACAAGGGAGAAGAAUACAAGUUAUUUUGGCCUAAUCAGCCAGAAUUUGUGAGAAUGGCAGCACGGUUUGGGGCCACAAUUGUACCAUUUGGAGUUGUGGGAGAAGAUGAUAUAGCAGAGUUGGUCCUUGAUUACAACGACCUAAUUAAAAUCCCCGUCGUUAAGGAUUUUAUCAGAGAUGCUAAUAGCAACAUGAUAAGAGUGAGGGAUGAGACAAGUGGGGAGGUUGGCAGCCAAGAACUAUUUAUUCCAGGGCUUUUGCCCAAGAUACCUGGCCGCUUCUACUAUCUCUUUGGGAAGCCCAUUGAAACAAAGGGAAGGAAUGAGAUCCUGAAGGACAAAAAAGUUGCAAACCAAUUGUACUUGCAGAUAAAAUCUGAGGUUGAACGCAAUAUGGCAUUCUUGAUUAAAAAGCGGGAGGAGGAUCCCUAUAGGAGUGUUGUUGAUAGAACAUUAUACAAGGCAAUAUAUGCUACUUCAAAUGAAAUUCCAGCAUUUGAGCCUUAAAAUUAGUUUUGAGAGAGACAUUGUUCUUGUCUUGAACUCCUAUCCUUUUCUCUUUCCAUGGAAAGAGGCUUACGUACAGAAGUUAUUUGUUAUUCAAUAAAAGCGGAUGCUUCUGUCCAGAAAAGGAAUUUGCUUAAUUGGA